CUCUGCACGGGGAAUGAGCGAUGGAGGUGCUGCGGGCUGGGGCGACCUGAGAGGAGGCUCCGGGGGUGAUCCCCAGCCCCGCGGGGGCGGCCGUGUCCUGCAGCCCUGCCCAAGGAGCUGCCUCCCGCCUGGGUUGGGCCGGGGAGCGGGGCCGGGCAGGUGCUCGCUGGCCCCGGCGGGAAGAUGGAGGCGGCGGGCGGGGAGCGGUGAUCGCCGCGGGCUGCGCCGCUCGCCUCGCUCGGGGCUCCCCAGACAUGUUCAACCAGCAGCAGUUCCAGCAGCAGCUGCUGCAGCUCCAGCACCUCCUCCAGCAGCAGCAGCAGCACCAUCACCACCCUCCGGCGCAGCAGGGAGGCCGGGGUUUGCCGCCACCGCAGCAGCAACAGAUGCUGAGCUUACGGGCAACAAAUCAGCCAUCGCUGCUCAAUGCCAAUCCUAUGCUUCAGCGGGCCUUACUCAUGCAGCAGAUGCAAGGAAACCUUCGUGGAUUUAACAUGACAGCGCCAGCACUGCAGCAGUUCUUCCCUCAGGCUACAAGACAUUCCCUCCUGGGACCACCACCUGUUGGGGUCUCCUUAAAGCCAACUCGGCUGGGCUUCCCCAGCCUCCCAUUCCAGCGGCAGAACCGGACCUUUCGCAAGGACUUCCAGAGGGUUCCUGACAGGAAGCGGGAACUAGAUCCUGGUUCUUCAUCUCAGACACAAGGUGAUGAGAAAAUGGAGAUUCCAGAGGGAAUGCAAGCAGGGUCAGAGCAGAACAAUUCCUCACCAUCCACAGAGCCAAGAACUCCAACAGAGUCUGUGUUGAACACUGAGCCUGCAGCAAAAAGACUGAAGAGUGUGACGGGGGAGCCUGCGUUAGAGGAUGCCACAGACAGCAAGAAAGCAGGAGUCUCAUGCACCCAUGUCCAAGCUGAUGGUACAGACAAUGCAAAGGAGUACACAGCUGAAGAUCUCUCCAGAGAGAGGAAAUUCUCUGAGGAACCGAAGGCUCCUGAGGUGUUGAGCUCUGGAGGUUCAUUGAAAGUGACUAUUCAGCAGAGCAGUGAGAGCAGAGCUAUCAGUACAACAGCUCUGAAACCAGGGCACUGGGCCUGUGACGUGGGCACAGCUGAUCCCAACCCGGAAUCGGUCCUUAAAUUCUACUGCUACAUCUGCAAGACCAAUUGCUGCAGUCAGCAGAAUUUCCAAUCCCACAUGGCUGGAAUUCAGCACCAGCAGCGACUUGGGGAGAUUCAGCACAUGAGCAAUGUUUGUUUUGUUUCACUACUGCCCAUGGUGAAACAGCAGAAGGUGCUAGCAGGAAAAGAUGGAGAGACCCAGCAGCGGUGGUGUAACACAUGCCAGGUGCAUUUCACAGGGGACCUCAUCAAACAUCGCAGGACCCAGGAACACAAGCUGGCCAAACGCUCGCUUCGUCCUUUCUGCACUGUCUGCAGCCGGCACUUCAAGACCCCUCGCAAGUUUGUGGAGCAUAUGAAGUCCCCUGAGCACAAACAGAAAGCCAAAGAGGUUAGACUAGGAGAGAAGGAGUUGGGGAGCCCAGAAGAUUCAGAGGAGUUGAUCACUGUGGAUGCUGUUGGCUGUUUCGAAGAUGAUGAUGAGGAAGAGGAGGAGGAUGAGGGAGGAGCUGGUGAGGAGGAAGACCGAGAUGUAGUGCUGAUGGAAAAUGAGGAUUCUGCUGCCAAGCAGGCUGGGCUGAAGGAAGUGUCUUUGGAGGAUUACGAAGGAAGUGAGAAGUAUUGUCCAGACACAGCCUAUGGCCUGGAUUUUCUGGUCCCCGUCGCAGGUUACCUCUGCAGGCUGUGUCACAAAUUCUACCAUAGCGACUCCGCUGCCCGGCUCGCACACUGCAAGUCCCUGAUGCAUUUUGAGAACUUUCAGAGAUACAAGGCAGCAAGGCACCGUGCCACAACUGCCUAUCCCGAAGCUCCUUUGCAUUCCCAGGGCUCCAGCUCCCAAUUGCUGGAUGAUCCAAAACAGCCUCUUGCUACAACAGCACAUACCAGCAAGAAGAUGAAUGAUGAUGGUGGGAUAGAUAAGGAGGGCACGGAGCUGUCAGCCCUGCAAGAACAAACUUCAAGGUCUCUGGAGGGUAAGGGUGAGCUGGCCACCUCUAGGCCAGAGGGCAAGAGCCUGGCCAGUGUGACUGAUGAUGUGUGUGGUAUCAUGGUUGUAGAAGAAGAAAGUCUACAGGAAGAGAACAAGUCCACUGCCAGUAGUGCCGACUGCCUGUUCUCUGAGGAGAGCCACACCGUAGGGGAGUCACUGGGACGUGAGGAAGAGGCCAACACAGCCAGGCAGAGGGCAGACACAGACGACCACCAGGAUCCAGGGAGUGGAGGAGGCUUAGGACAGGAGGCAGCAGAUGCAGGCCAGGAGGCAGCAGCAGAGCCUUCCUCCCUCGCCAAAGGUGAGACAGCUGGUCUCACCUCUGCUGGGUGCAGACGCUCUUCCAGGCGCAAACCCAGAUAGAGUGGCCUUAAAGGAGAGCCCUUUACAUAUGAUAUUUGCUGGAAAUGUUUAUUUUCUGAGUCUUUUAAUAGAGCAAAACCUUCAACUUUACUGCUGUUUUUAUUUUAAGAAUAAAUAAGCCUGGCUUUAGCGUGUCUAAUACAG